CCCCUCCCUCCCUCCCUGUUGCUGUAAAUUAAUAUAUACUACCCCACUAAAUUAAUAUGAAGAGAAGCCUGGGUCGAUAAAUAGGAAGAUAACUGCAAAUCGGUUGCCAUUCCUUCAACUUCAGACAGUACUGAGAAAGAGAGUGAAGCUUUAGGUUGCAUUGCAAUAACUUCAUAGCCCAAAAGCCAACUUGCUCUCCUCUUCUUUACUCAAGAAAGAGAAAUAUUAAGGAAAACUGCAUGGCAUCUAUCCAGAGCUUUCUCUAAAAAAGUCAAACAAAUAUUCAAGAUCCCUGAGCUUGGUUAGCUGUUUAUCCAUUUACACCCCCCCAUUGCCCAUACUCCCAUAACAGCUUUGUCAGUGUCCUUUUAUUUACCGUCACAGGUCAAUUUCCAAUUUUCCAAUAUCACAAUCUCUUUUCUUUAUAUCAAACCCUAGCCAAGAAUAUUAGAGGGAGCGUAAUAAGAUGACAAUGAAGAUCCGGUGUGAUGUGUGUGACAAGGUAGAGGCCACAGUUUUUUGUUGUGCAGAUGAAGCUGCUCUCUGUGAUGGAUGUGAUCACAGAGUUCACCAUGCAAACACGCUAGCAAGCAAACACUCAAGGUUCUCUUUAGUCCAUCCUUCCUUCAAAGAAUCCCCUCUUUGUGAUAUCUGCCAGGAGAGGAGAGCCGUUCUGUUUUGUCAAGAGGAUAGAGCAAUUCUAUGCAGAGAAUGUGACCUUCCAAUUCACAAAGUUAAUGAACAUACCCAGAAACACAAUAGGUUUCUUCUCACAGGUGUAAAGCUCUGUGGUCCUUCUCUGUACGCAACAUCAUCCUCCGCUAGUAACUGUGAUGCAAACAUUAACACUACUAGAAAUAGAAACCAUCAGCACUACCUGAAGAAACCGAUUUCAGCUUCCAAUGAAAUCUUCAGUUCUCCUUCAGUAGCGACAGCGUCGCCACCAACAGCAUAUAGUUAUGACGAUAAUCAUGUUAGUGGCGGUGGUUCAGUUUCAACAAGUAGCAUAUCUGAGUAUUUAGAGACGGUAGUACCAGGGUGGCGCGUGGAUGAUUUUCUUGAUCCUUCAUUCACUAGCAAUAAUAGUUUCAGCAAGGGUUGGAAUGCACCCUAUAUAUAAAGAGAGUGGCCUCUUGUAGUUUUGACUUUUGAGGGUGUUUAAUUUUUUAAGACUCAUCUACACUCUUUUCUCUGACAUUGCCCAAUUUGAUGUAAACUUGUGGCCAUUUUUUGCCAUUGCUGGAUCAAGAUCUUAAAAGCUACGGGAGUUCUUUUUUCACCAGAAGUUAUAGACUUCUGGGUCCCCAGCCUGGUUUUGCCUGGUGGAUUUAACGAGUCCAGAGAAGCAAGCAAAAUGAAUGCAUGCUGUUU